AUGAUAUUGAGUAACUUAAACAAGUUAAUAGGACAAGAACUCAAGCAUCAAACUUAUCACCUAUCUUUUGUCAAUCAUUUCUCACAUGCUCCGCUUGAUUGUAAAGAUAACGCACGUUACCAAGCUCAAAAACCAGUAGUUGUACAAAAUCUUAAGUGUGCCCAUAUAGAGUUAGUGGAAAACCAUAUAAGUCCUGAAGAUUUAGAGGAAUUUCUGAAAUUACGCAAUAAUGACACACCCACCAGCACUCCGUCGUCGGGGGAUCUUGAUUUUUACGCUGAUAUUGAGGCCGCUAGCGGCCUCAUAUUUGGUGAUAAUAAGCAUCUGAAACUAAUUCAUAUUAUUGGUAUUAAGGACUCUACUGCAAAGCUGUCUGUGCCAAAAACCGUAGACUGCUUCGGUUUGGGUUCACUUCUAAAACAAUUAUGGUUUCUGAACAUGCGACCGGCCUCAUCCAAUAGUAUCAAUACUCACUUCUACUUCUCAUCCAGGAAUCAACCGAAGAGAGUGCAGGUGUAUCCAGGUAAUCAGUUUGGACUGGAAUGGGUAGAUUUCGAACCAGCUCGACGGACAGUCAUGAUAGUCCAUGGAUUCAUGAGCCACAGUAAUGCAUCCUGGGUCCACGAUAUGACAAGAGCACUGUUGAACUGGGCAGACGUCAAUGUAAUAGCAGUAGAUUGGAGUAAAGGUGGCAACACUUGGAAGUACUGGCGUGCUGUGGCUAAUACGAGACGUGUUGGCUCUGACGUUACUGGGUUUAUGCGUCAGCUCAUAGCGAAAACGGGAGCCAGCGUAAAGGAUUUUCAUUUUAUUGGACAUAGUCUCGGUGCACACAUAGCGUCCUAUGUUUCGUACCAUUUGGGCAGGGUUUCCAGAAUCACUGGGUUGGAUCCAGCUCAGCCAUGUUUUGGUGAUUCCAGUCGUGAGGAACGGUUGGAUGAUGGAGACGCCGACUUCGUUGAUGUGAUACAUACUAAUGGUAGACUGUUGCAGAGGAUCGGGUUCGGUCUACCAGAUCCUAUUGGUCAUGCUGACUUCUACCCGAACGGCGGCAUGCAACAACCCGGAUGUGUUAACAAGACGAAUUCACUUUGGUCAAAAAUUCCAAUUUCAGCUUCCCGUCUCCAGCAAGCGAUAUGCAGUCACGGAAGAGCUUACUUGCUAUUUACCGAGUCCCUGCUUAGCGACAAUUGCACUUUUAAUGCAUACCGUUGGAACUUGACAUAUGAGGGGGUAAACGCGAGCUUAGUUGCCGCGUGCGAUCGUCACGCGUCGUGUGCUGAGAUGGGAAUAAAUGCCGUUGGAAGUGAUCGAAGACAAAAAGCGAGAGGAGCUUAUUUCGUCCUCACCACAGAGAAAGAACCAUACUGCCCUUCCGAAUGGCAAAGGCAUCACCCUCGCCCUGAUCUCCUACGCGAUUUGCGUCUUGGGUUCCGCAUAGACAGAUCAAUCAAGCCCAACACCACGCAACCAUAUGGGGACCCAUUUGACGUUACCACGACCACACAGAAGAGCUGGUUUCGAAGAUUGAUACCAUUCGGAUAG